UUCAGCCACUCAUCGGUUCUUUUGUUCCACUCUUACAAUUGUUCAGCAACAGCUUUAGAGGGUUCCGACGAGAGCGGAGAAGAUGGUCCAGCGGCUCACUUACCGUAAGCGGCACAGCUAUGCCACCAAGUCCAACCAGCACCGCGUCGUCAAAACUCCGGGUGGAAAGCUUGUGUACCAGACCACGAAGAAGAGGGCCAGUGGUCCUAAAUGCCCUGUUACUGGAAAGAGAAUUCAAGGGAUUCCUCACUUGAGGCCUGCUGAAUACAAGAGGUCUAGGUUGGCUAGGAACCGAAGGACUGUCAACCGCGCCUAUGGUGGUGUACUGUCUGGAGGUGCUGUUAGAGAGAGGAUUAUAAGAGCCUUUUUGGUUGAAGAGCAAAAGAUUGUGAAAAAGGUUUUGAAGAUCCAGAAGGCAAAGGAAAAACUAGCUGCCAAGAGCUAGAAAGGCUGGUUCGAAAGCACGAACUCUUUUCCAUUUUAUAUAUGCUGAGUAAAAAUUUUGACUUGGAUCAAUGACUUUGGAAUUAGCUUUGUUUUAUUUCAUUUGCAUUAGUUGUUUGAAGUUUCUUCUGCUAGAAUAUUCAGUUUAUCAUUCCUGUUUAUGCUGAUUUUGCUUCCUUUAUUACAUACACUCGUAAAGAAAAUGCUCUUGAGGUAGCUUGCUUUAUUCUGCUCCAUCCUGUAACAUGUUUUCUCACAAUCCAGAAAAGAGAGGUUCCCUUGCA